AUGUAUAGACAGAUCGUCGUACAUCCUGAUGACAGAUCUCUCCAACAAAUAGUUUGGAGAAAUGAUCCAUCAGAGCCCAUGAAAGCGUACCAGUUAAACACCGUUACGUAUGGCACAGCCAGCGCACCCUAUCUCGCCACCAGAUGUCUUAAGCAGAUUGGUAUGGAUUGCAAGGACGAUAAAAUCUCCGAAAUAAUAAUCCAUGACUUCUACGUCGAUGACCUAUUAACAGGAGGGGACAGCAUUCAAGAUGCGCUGGACAUACAUAACAAGGUGUCUUCUGAACUGGCCACAGCUGGUAUGAACCUCCGUAAGUGGAAAUCAAAUGAACCUCGAGUAAUACUAAAUAAUAACAAUUCAUCGCUCGAAUUAAAUAUUGGUUCUACGGAACCCUGUAAAACAUUAGGUCUCAGCUGGCAAAUCGAGUCUGAUGAACUGUAUUUUUCGACGAGUGAAAUCGUUUUAAAUAAUUUUACAAAACGUGGACUACUCUCGGUUAUUUCACAAAUCUUUGAUCCACUGGGUCUUCCGACCCCAUGCAUAAUUUCUAUGAAAAUUUUAAUGCAAAAAUUAUGGUUACUUAAACUUACAUGGGACGAACAGUUGCCUUCGGAAAUAAUUAAAUUAUGGCUUUCAAUUGUAGAAAACUUAUCAUUUUUAAACAAUUUAAGAAUUCCACGCAGUGUUAUCUGCAAUCAAUAUAUUAAUGUAGACUUACAUAUUUUAGUGACGCAUCUCAAGUGGCUUACGGAGCAUGUCUGUAUGUCCGUAGUUCUAAUAAUAAAAAUAAUGUGA